AAUUUGGCGAAUGACGUCACGAAGUUGAACAGGUAUAUAAUCCCGUGUCACAGACUCAGUCGACACUAGAUCUUGAACUCCAACAAAGCCUGUUUCACGUUUCCAGCUCACCGACAAAAUGAAAACUUGCAUGAUUGUCGCUCUGUUUGCAAUGUCCCUCGUGGUCAUUAGCGCACAAGUGCCCGAGGAGGCGGAGCAAGGCCCUGGACCAGUGCCCGAGGAGGCACAAAGAGGAAUACCAAUAACAAAGUGUACAGCGUGCAAGAUCGUCAUGAGCAUUCUGGAAGCUGCUAUAGAUACCCUACCCAAACAGGAUCCCGAAGGGAAUAUCUCUGAGGACCUAAUUCUGUCCAAGCUGUCCGAGCAGUGCAACAUAUUGCCCAAAUUCUUGCAACGUACGUGUAUGACGUUUGUCAACGCAGAUAAUGUGAAGCUGCUACUGAGUCUUCCUUCGGAAUCUGUGUGCCGCAAAAUCAAACUCUGCCGCCGUUCAUAGAGGAAAUUUCUGGGAGUCCCGUGCUGUGGAGCUGGAAGACCAGGUGUAUACUGUUGUUG